ACAACAAUGCCACCCCUCACACCCAACUCCCUCGCCGCCCUUCUCCAAUCCGCCAUCGCCACCCGCUCCUCUCUCACCGGGCGAGCCGCCCACGCCCACAUCAUCAGAACCCUCCAACCCCCUCACCCCAGCUUCCUCUCCAACCACCUCAUCAACAUGUACUCCAAACUCGACCUCCCCAACUCCGCCCAGCUCCUCCUCCACCUGACCCCCUCCCGCUCCGUCGUCACCUGGACCGCCCUCAUCGCUGGUCUUGUCCAAAACCGUCAUUUCGCCUCCGCUCUCCUCAACUUCAUCAACAUGCGCCGCGACUCUGUCGUCCCCAAUGACUUCACCUUCCCCUGCGCCUUCAAGGCCUCCGGGCUGCUUCGCCGGCCGGUGAUCGGAAAACAGGUCCACGCCCUUGCCGUCAAGGCCGGGCAGAUAUGUGACGUGUUUGUUGGGUGCAGUGCUUUUGACAUGUACUGCAAGACUGGUCUGGGCGAUGAUGCAGGGAAGGUGUUUGAUGAAAUGCCUGAGAGGAACCUUGCGACUUGGAAUGCCUACAUGUCGAAUGCGGUGCUUGACCGGCGCCCGGUGAGCGCUGUGGAGAAGUUUGUUGAGUUUGUGAGGGCGGGUGGGGAGCCGAAUUCCAUUACCUUCUGUGCGUUUCUGAAUGCGUGUUCGGAUUUGUCGGCAUUAGAACUUGGGAGGCAGUUGCAUGGGUUUGUGAUGCGGUUUGGGUUUGGGAGAGAUGUGUCAGUGAUGAAUGGGCUUGUGGAUUUUUAUGGCAAGUGUCGGGAUGUUGGGUUGGCUAGGAUGGUUUUUGAGAGAAUUGGUCAGGCUAAUCAUGUGUCUUGGUGCUCCAUGGUGGCUGCUUAUGUGCAGAAUAAUGAGGAGGAGAAGGCUUGCGAGUUGUUUUUGCGGGCAAGGAGGGAGGGUGUUGAGCCGACUGAUUUCAUGGUUUCGAGUGUUCUGAGUGCUUGUUCCGGACUUGCGUGGCUUGAACAGGGUAGGUCAAUUCAUGCGCUUGCGGUGAAGGCUUGUGUGGAUGGAAAUGUCUUUGUUGGGAGUGCGUUGGUUGACAUGUAUGGAAAAUGUGGGAGUAUAGAAGAUGCCGAGUGUGCAUUUGACAUGAUGCCUUCAAGGAAUUUGAUCAGUUGGAAUGCGAUGGUAGGUGGGUAUACACAUCAAGGACAUGCCAACACGGCUUUGGCCUUGUUCGAGGAGAUGAGUGACAGGAGCCAUGAACUUAAACCUAAUUAUGUCACAUUGGUGUGUGUAUUAUCGGCAUGUAGUAGAGCGGGUGAUGUGCAAAAAGGCAUGCAGAUCUUUGAUUCAAUGAAAUCACGGUAUGGCGUUGAACCAGGGGCAGAGCAUUAUGCAUGUGUUGUGGACUUGCUAGGGCGAGCUGGGAUGGUAGAACGCGCUUAUGAGUUUAUUACAAAGAUGCCAAUUCGUCCAACAAUUUCCAUUUGGGGGGCUCUUCUCGGGGCUUGUAAAAUGUAUAAGAAGCCAGAAUUAGGGAAAAUUGCGGCUGACAAGUUAUUUGAACUUGAUCCUAAAGACUCUGGUAACCAUGUGGUGCUUUCUAACUUGCUUGCUGCUACUGGCAGGUGGGAAGAAGCCACUCUUGUCAGAAAGGAAAUGAAAGAUGUUGGCAUAAAAAAGGGUGCAGGCUACAGUUGGAUUGCAGUCAAGAAUGCAGUCCACAUCUUCCAAGCAAAGGACACCUCUCAUGAAAUGAACUCUGAGAUUCAGGCAAUGCUGAUCUAUUUAAGGACGAAAAUGGAGGAAGCUGGGUACGUUCCGGACACCAAUUUUGCCCUGUUUGAUUUAGAAGAAGAAGAGAAAGUAUCAGAAGUUUGGUACCACAGCGAGAAGAUUGCCCUUGCCUUUGGCCUCAUAGCUAUCCCUUCUGGGUUGCCUAUAAGGAUUAACAAAAACCUUAGGAUUUGUGGAGAUUGCCACGGUGCAAUCAAAUUCAUUUCAGGUAUUGUAGACAGAGAAAUUAUUGUCAGAGACAACAAUCGUUUUCAUCGCUUUAGAGAAGGUCAUUGCUCCUGUAGAGAUUAUUGGUGA